GACCCUUCGGAGAUAUUAUUAAUUAAUUUAAUAAGUUAAUUAACCUAUUUUUCAACAAUUGGACAUUAACUGUAAUAAAAGAACAAUUAAUACACUCUCAGCGUCUUUCCAUGGCGGUGAGCUAGAGAGAUCUUCGAAUCAGGUGAUAAUGUUACCGGAGAGAAGAAGCACGGUUGCUUCUUCUUCUUACCAGAACCCUUCUGGUCAGAAUGAUAAUUCAUUUCUACUUCUUAGAAGAGGAAAGAAGUUUGGUGGUAGGAUAGGGAAGUUGAAGCUGUCACACUUGUUCUUCUUCUUCGUCUCGCUUUUCUUCUUCUCUUGCAUCUUCUCUGGCCAUAAACUUCUCUUUCAUGGUUCUGAGUUGUUACCUCAUUCCGAGCGAAACCAUCACUUGAAAACUCAUCUCUUCACGUCAUCGGAGCUUGAUAUGGGAUUAAACUCAUCCCACAUUCAAAAACCACCAGGAAGCAAGAAGAGAAACAAACAUUUGCCUUGUGAAGUUCCACUUGCUGAGUCUGUUAAUCACAUACUUGAGCCUCACGAGUAUUUAGAUUCCAAGCCCUUUUCCUUAGGCUUUGUAGAGACUGAGACAUCUGAUAAGCCUAGAUUUGGAGGACACCAAACACUCAAGGAAAGAGAGAGGUCUUACUCUGCGAUAAACCAGACAAUUCACUGUGGUUUUGUGAAAGGAGGACUUCAUCAAGGUAGUGGAUUUGAUUUGAGCGAAAAGGAUAGAGCCUACAUGAAGAACUGUGUAGUCUCUGUGUCUUCUUGCAUUUUUGGAAGCUCUGAUUUUCUAAGAAGACCUGCAACCAAAAAGAUCAGUGAGUUCUCAAAGCGAAAUGUUUGUUUUGUGAUGUUUCUUGAUGAGCAAACACUAUCAAAACUGGCUAGUGAAGGGCAUGUUCCUGACAAGCAAGGCUUUGUUGGUCUAUGGAAAACUGUAGUAGUAAGCAAUUUGCCUUACACUGACAUGCGGAAGACAGGGAAAGUUCCAAAGUUUCUGUCACACCGCCUUUUUCCUUCUUCUAGGUAUUCGAUUUGGAUAGACAGUAAGAUGAGACUUACUACAGAUCCUCUGCUGAUAAUUGACUUCUUCUUAUGGAGAACAAAGUCAGAGUUCGCUAUCUCAAACCAUUAUGACCGACACUGUGUUUGGGAUGAGGUGGUACAGAACAAACGGCUCAACAAGUACAACCACACUGCCAUUGAUGAACAGUUUAUGUUCUACCGAUCAGAUGGACUAAAAAAGUUUGACCCUUCAGAUCCUAACUCUCCUCUUCCAAGUUAUGUGCCUGAAGGUUCGUUUAUAGUAAGAGCUCAUACACCAAUGUCAAACCUAUUCUCAUGUCUUUGGUUCAAUGAAGUUGACCGGUUUACAUCACGAGAUCAGUUGAGUUUUGCAUACACGUACCUUAAACUUCAGAGACUCAAUCCAAGUAGACCAUUACGCCUUAACAUGUUCAAGGAUUGUGAGCGUCGAGCAUUGACUAAACUCUUCCACCACCGCGUAGACUCAUCACCUCAUUCACCUCCUGCUUGAUUGAUUAAGUAAAGAUAGGUUUCUACAUAUGUCUUGUGUCCAUAAACUAUUCGGAGUACGAAUAUUUGUUUUUACUUUUAGCAUAUUUUCUACUUCUAGUCUUAGCUUUGAAGGAGAUGAAACAUGGAAUUGCAAUUGUGAAUGAGUCAAGGCAGAAUCUUGUUGAUUUU